AUGAACCAGAAGUGUAUCCUCGUUCUUGGAGCGACUGGUGCUCAAGGCCUAGCCGUUGUCGACGCUCUGCUUGCUCCUGCCCCCGAUGAAUCUUCCUCUCCGUACAAAAUCAGAGCCCUCACCCGCGAUCCGUCCAGCAAACGUGCACAAGACCUAAAGUCAAAGGGUGUCGAACUCGUAUUAGUCGAGACCGCCAUGCGUGGCGUCUAUGGUGCAUGGGUCAACGUCGAUGGGUUCACGGUCGGAGAGCAGAAGGAGAUGUGGUCGGGCAUGAGAAUUUUCGAGCUAGCGAAGAAGGCUGGUGUACGGCAUUAUGUAUGGAGUAGUUUGGACUAUGCCUUCAAGAAAGGAGGCUAUGACGAGAGAUAUCGUUGCGAGCAUUACGAUGCCAAAGGACGAGUGGCCGAGUGGAUGAAGGCGCAGCCAUCGAUCGUGAGCGACAACAGCAUGUCCUGGUCUGUCGUCACCACCGGUCCAUACAUGGACAUGCUCAAGCUGUACAUGUUCGGUCCGCUCAACAAGCGGAAAGACGGCACUUUCGUGUUCGCCUCCCCUAUCGGUAACGGUCACGUCCCAAUGAUCGCCCUCCCUGACCUCGGCUACUUCGCCCGCUACACCUUCGAUCAUCGCCAGGAGACGAGCGGGAAGGAUCUCGAGGUUGCGAGUGAGAUGGUACAGUGGUCCGAGCUGGUGAAGACGUUCCAAAAGGUAACUGGGAAUAAGGCGGAAUACAAGCCCGUUUCGUUGGACGAGUGGUUCGAAUUCUUCGUCGACUCGAAUCGACCUGUGGCGUCCGAUAAUAAGCUCGGAGAUGGGUCCACGACGUGGAAGAAGAACUUCUCUGGGUGGUGGGGCAUGUUCAGAGACGAUGUGGCCCAGCGUGACAUGUCGUGGAUCCGCAGUGUCAAUCCUAACGGGUAUACUGUCGAAAGAUGGAUGAAGGAGAACAAAUAUGAUGGACAAUUGAACAGACGUUUGCUGAAAAUCGUGGAGGAUGAUAAGGCGGUGCACGUGAACCCGGCGAGGAUCGCUAAAUUGUAG